CUUGAGAUAUGGCUGGGGGUGAUUACUACUACUAAAACGGGUCAAUAAUCAUCGUACAAAAAUGGCAUCAGAGUUUACUUACGUGAUUCUUUCACACAACAUUUCCUACUUGAAAUGGCAGCAUGAGAGCUCCUAAUAUGUUCUGCUGCUACAAUUUCCCAGAUGUAGAUUAGUUGUGAAUCACAAGGGGAAAGCAGGUUCAAAUGCUGCUCAACGAAAGAAAGAAAGAAUCCCAUGUUAACUUACACAGUGGCAAGUGGCAUGCAAUGGUCCACGUGGCAUCUGAUGAACCACUGGUUUGAUCAAGUUGGGAGCAGCAGAAUUCAGACCUUCUCUUGUUUUGUUUUCUAGUGUUCCAAGUUCCAACUAGGAUUAUCAGGACGCCAGGCAGCUGGUACUCCAUUGUUUGAGGCUUUGAGCAGCUAAUCAAGUCCUUGUUUUCCUGGAGGGUGUAAUACUGGAAACGACUUUUUACAUGAAUUUCAGGAUUGAAAGAUUUAACUGACCACCAUAGUUUCUUGAGUGUGAUGAGUGCUGACAAUGGCGACAGGGAUUUGGGGCUUUCUCUUGGAUGUUCCAGUAACUGCAUCAGGACAAAGUUGAAGGAAAAUUCUGGUGCAGGUGUAAAUGCAGCAUCAAUAAUCGACAUGACAUAUACAGCAUCUAAUUCCCUGUCUGAAUUAAUUUGGUCCCCGCACAGCGGUUUGAGUCUCAAAUGUGCUGAGCGCAGCUUAGCAGAUAAGAAGCCUUUUCUUUUGUGGAAUGUGGGACCAAGCAAUACGAUUCCUUCACUAUCUCAAGGUAUCAGCUGCAAUGGAACUGAUGAUGAGACAAAGAUGGAGGAAAAUUUCAUUAUUUCAGAGGCAGCAUUUCAUGUGGACAGUGAGAUUGUGCAGAGAGCUAGUUUGAGUCAAUCUCCUGGAAGCACUGCCAGGCCAAUAAUUGGUUCAAGCCAUGUACAAAAUAUGGAAAGCAGAGACGAAAUGGAUGAAGAGAAGAUUGAGAAAGGAAUUUUAGUUAAAGAAAGAGGUGAAAAUGCUGGCUAUCUUGAUGAGAAUGAUAAAGAAUCAUGUGAUCCAUGCAAUGAGCGAAUUGAUAUUAUGGCUGAAAGAAGUCAAGAGAAUACAGGUCCUAUUGGUUCCAAUAUUAACAUGGCAAGAACCGAAGCCUUAUCUGGGGAUCUUAAUUUGGGAAUUUCGAAUGAUUUUAAUCCUAUUGUUAGCAAGGCUGUUAAUGGUGGGCAGUUCCUUGAAGAAGUGACUACAUCUGCUGAAGUUCACAGGGAAACAGUAUCUGAAGCACAGAUUACCCCACCGCAGAUAUCAACGUACUUUGAUGAACCUAACAAGGAAGUGAAGGGGGCUUUUGAAGAAGAGCGGAAAAACAAGAGCAAGAUACACGGGUCUAUGGUGCCUAUUUUGCAGAAGCUAGAACACACAGCUGAAAACGAUCUGCAGCAUCCAAUGACAAAAGAUGCAUAUCAGCAGAAUGAAGAGAGACUUCUCAGGGGCUGCUCUCUUCCACUUGAAACUUCUCCAGGUGAUGGAAGCAGGCAACCAUGUCCACUGAAAGGCAAAGAGAAAGCUUUAUCUGAUAGCAAUAUCGGCGGAAGAUUCUCAAAUAAUCUAGAUGACAGCCAAGAGAGUGUGGAAAGCUGUACCAGCACUGGAUUACUGGGCAAGAGAAGAUGGAAGUUUGAUCAACAGUUAAUUUGUGAGAGCAAAAGAGUCAAGCAGCAGACAGAUGGAUGUCCAGAAUCAACAUCUUUAAUCAAACAUGAUAGCUCUUUCAUGAACUGGAUAUCAAACAUGGUGAAUGGGUUCUCUAAAUCUAAUCAUGAAGAAGUUCCAUCUCUUGGUCUCACCCAUGCACAUUUCAGUCGUGAACAGACAGAUAUUCUUCAUGAAACUAUGAUAUGUAGAGAACAUCAAGAAUCUGUAAGCAAAAAUAUGGGUUUCCAGACUAUAUUUAGGUCCCUGUACCGUUCUGGUGAGAAGCUAAUAGAAACUCAAGUAUCAAGAGAUGAUUCUUCAGUAGAAAGAUUGCAGAAUCUUGUGCAGGUUGACAAAAUUAAUGUUCAACGUUCUUCGAUCAACUCCUCUGUACAGAAUGGGGUGUCUUUGGGUCACAUUUUUAUAGCAGAUGAAAAGAUCCUCCCUUCCUCAACUGAAUGUGUAGUCAGUCAGUCUGAUCAAGCUUGGAAUUUAUCUGCAAUUCCCAUUAAAAAUGAAUUCAGCACUGACUCUGCAGACGAUAAAGCUCCAAGUAACCAAGAAUUUUGUAGAGGUAACACGGGGAUAAGUUCAUCCAAUUCUCUAGGUCAUCACAAGAUGACUGCUGCUGAGAAUGCGAACACCCGAGUUGCAUCUGAUGGUAGAGAAACAUGUGACUUGUCUAACAAAAACAAUCUUUUAGGUAGCUUGUGGAUCACCCGGUUUUCAACCAAAACAAGUGGCAUUCCGUCGAACUUAAAUCACUCCAAAAGAGAUAACUGUCUGGUCAUUGAUGGUCUAGGUGACUGUGAAAGGCCCAAUACUCAAAAUCAGACAAGUCUGAGUUUUCCCAUCGAGGAAAAGCAUUCAGAUACCAUGGUAAACGAGAAUUCAGGUGAUUUGGUUAAGAAUUUGGAGACAUUUGCUGCCAGUGCUGAGUUUUCUCUUGGCUUUAUGGAGAUACAUGAGCGUAAGCAUUCAAAUUCUGUGCUUAAACUUCAAUCUACUUUACCUUCCCAAGGACCCAAGAGUUCAGAAGCAAUGGCCUCUACAUUUGCUAGGAGAGUGGAUGCCCUCAAACACAUCAUACCUUCAGAGGCUAAAAAAGAUGCAAAUUUCACUGCACCAACUUGUUUUUACUGUGGUAAAAGUGGCCAUAAUUUACAAGACUGCUCAGAGGUAAUGGAAUCCGAGCUUGAGGAUCUUCUCAAAAAUAUGAGCAGUUGUAAUUGGCUUGAAGAUUCACCAUAUUUGUGCAUUAGAUGUUUUCAGAUUGAUCAUUGGGCGAUUACCUGUCCAGUAGUGACUUCAAAUAGGCAACAUCAAUUGGAGAAUAAGAUGUCCUUUGUUAAGUGUCAGAAUGUUAGUAAACCAAUUUUGUUUUCAGGCAAUCAAAGAAAGGCGUGCUUUCUUGACAAGGGAGGCCAUCUUAAAGUUGGUCUAUGCAGUGGAGAAGAACCUUCUAUGAACACUGGCCUCAGAAACCUGGUGUCCAAUCCAGAGGAGUUUUCUGGCAAUAAUUUGAGUUCAGAUGAAACUCUGAAACAGAUAACUUCAAAUUCUGGGAAGAAGAAACUGAUAGAGCAUCAGAAUCUGCCUUUAUCUAAUUUGGUUAGCGAGCAGAUUGAAGAAGUACCAAAAGUUAUUUUUGAUGCCGUGAGGCGGCUUCAGUUAUCUCGUGCAGAUAUACUCAAAUGGAUGAGCUCUGAUGUCUCACUGUCACAUUUGGAAGGUCUUUUCCUGCGCUUGCGACUUGGUAAAUGGGAAGCAGGAUUAGGUGGAACUGGCUACUACGUUGCUUGUAUUACAGGGGAACCAGCGAAAGAUUCUAAAACUUCCAUUUCUGUGAGUGUUGGAGGUAUUAAAUGCUCGGUUGGGAGUCAGUAUGUGUCCAAUCAUGACUUCUUAGAGGAUGAACUAAAGGUCUGGUGGUCCAGAACUUUGAGGAAUGGUGGGAAGAUUCCAUCAACGGAGGAUUUGGAAACGAAAUUGAGACAGAGAAUCAAAUUAGGCUUCUAAAAUGUACACUUAAGACCAGUAGCAUAGCAUCACCAAGCUACAGUGGGUUUCUUGCGCAAGUUUUCUGAUUUGGUUAAUUAAGGCAAGUUUUUCGGUAUUCGCAGUUGGUUUUGACUUCUGUUUUAACUUGAGCUGAGAAAGUGCGAAUUCGGAAUAAAAGCACCCUUGGGGUAAGCUGAGAAUAGCAGAACAAGCAUGUAGUUAUUGUACAUAGAAAACUAGUUUGGAUCCUGUUUGAAAACUAGAAUCAGUAGUGGGAAAUUUUAACCAAUUGCUUGGCUUCCAAGGUCGCCUAGUCUUAAAAAUGGUUUUCAGACUGACAAAAUAUUGGCUCACAUUAAUGCCUCAUUUCUUGUGUAAUUAUGUGAAAGGUUGGACUAACACACAUCCAGAUCAAAAUAGCUGAUAUUAGAACAAAGCCACCAGAAUGUUGUUCUGGUCUGGGCAAAGGGUGUAUCAUUUAACUACUAAGGCAUAGGAAAAUAUUCACUAUCAAUUGCCUGAGCAAAAGAAUCUCUAUCUGGAACUAUGUGUGUGGAUGACAACUGGAAAAUAACAGCAGCCAUAUCUCCACCUUUGUAGAUGUGUUGGUCCAUUGCUUUUAACAAGAAUAAAACAACUUGACUUCAAAUGA